CAUUCAAAGAUUCAAAACUCUAGCCCUAAAAUAAAAUGUUGCGAUGAAAAGUAUAAAUUCCAGGAAAAUUCAUUCUUUAGAAUUUCCAAAGAAAUUGAUUACUGUAAAUGCUUUAAGUCAAAGACAUAUCAUGCGCAAUGUAACGGGCGUAAUUGCACUUGCCUCUGCAAUAAUAGAUAUGAGUGUUUCAAAGAGGCUAAAAGACCUUGGGUAGAAGAGCAUUCAUUGCAAAAAAGAGAUGGAUUAGAAAAUAAAGAUCAAGAGCACACUUUACGGAAGUGCAAAUGUCAAACAAUACAGGACAGACCAUGUAAUAAACAUACUCGUAAAAUAAACGCAGGGAAAAAAUUAAAUCAUAAAAACAUGAAUGAAUCUGUAUCUGAAGAUGCCCAGUCCGGAGAGAAAAAUGUAAGAAUUCUAGCCUAUUCUACGAUAAAAGCAAAUGGCGAAAACGGAAUCAAAGGAAAAGAACUUAACCCAGAGGAAUCCUCUAAUUCUUCUGCAGCUUCAGUUGAAGGAAAGGCGAUGACCAAAACAAAAUUUAAGCAAAAAAGAAUGAUUAAACGACUAGAAACUCGGUGCAAGAACAUACAGCUCAUGGUUCAAGGUAGUUAUUACAUUCAUUUACUGCUUCUGCUGAUGGUAAUUGGAUCUGCAAUCUUCGGAAUCGCCAACUCCCCACCCCAAACUGAAUGGUCCAUCCCAUGUUUCUACCAGCAUUUUUUGCCAUAUUAAUUUCAAUCGUAGUUUUAAUUUUAAAUUUUUUGA